CAUAUAUGCAUGAAUAUAUUAAGCUUUCCACUUCUCCUUUCUUUGUUGCUAGCUCUCAACAGUUGCAGCAGGCAUGGAGAUGGGAAGAGAUCUUAAGUUGGACUCUGCUGGAAUAUUGGGGAAAUUUAGGAGAAGUUUUGAGAAGAAAUCGGAAUCACCAAGUCUUGGAAAAGUGAUUCAAAAAACGCACUCAUUAGGUUCCCAACUGUUAGACAAUUUUGAUGAAGGACUUACUAACAGGGGUCCUAUUAAUGUUGGGUAUGAGAUGAAAUCAGCUUCGAUUCUCAGCAAGGCUUCCAGCAGUAAUGGGUUGAGACGUUAUUCUUUUUCUCUUGCUGCAGGAGAAAUCUCAGAUCAUAUUGCAUUGAGAGUGCAGAGCCAGAGUCCAAAACGGAAAGACAAUAUUUCAACAGCUCGAUCUACAGCAACAGAAGAAGAUACAAAUGAAGGGAGAAUAAUACAUACAGAACCUACCUUGCCGAUUUAUCUCAAGUUCCAAGAUGUCAAGUAUAAGGUAGAUGUCAAGUAUAAGGUAGCUGCAAAGGGUGUGAAGAGCUCAAAUGCAAACUGUAUACUGCAAGGGGUCACUGGAUCAGUGCAUCCAGGGGAGAUUCUUGCUCUAAUGGGACCAUCAGGAGGGGGCAAAACAACUUUGCUUAAUCUCCUCAGUGGACGGGCCAAACUCAACAGCGGUACCAUUACUUACAAUGACCAACCGUACACCAAGUCUCUAAAACAAAGGAUUGGCUAUGUAAUGCAAGAUGAUCUUCUGUUUCCUCACCUCACAGUCAAAGAAACUCUUACUUAUGCUGCUCUGCUCCGUCUUCCCAUUACCUUAACCAAAAACCAGAAAAAAGAAAGGGCCAUGCAUGUGAUCAAUGUGCUAGGCCUGGAAAGGUGUCAAGAUACAAUAAUUGGUGGAACAUUUGUUAGAGGAGUUUCUGGUGGUGAGAGAAAAAGAGUGUGCAUUGGCAACGAAAUUCUGCUCAACCCGUCACUUCUGUUUUUAGACGAACCAACAUCUGGUCUUGAUUCAACCGCUGCAUUUCGAAUACUGCAGAUGCUGCACAUAAUUGCAGAGGUACUGGUAUUGGCUGGCAAAACAGUGGUGACUACAAUACAUCAACCAUCAAGUAGAAUCUUUAGCAAGUUUGACAAACUUAUACUCUUGGGUAGAGGAAGCUCCUUGUACUUCGGAAAAGCCUCCGAAGCAAUGAUGUACUUCUCCUCCAUUGGUUAUGCUCCACUUAUAGCUAUGAAUCCAGCUGAGUUUCUCAUUGAUCUUGCGAAUGGCAACACAAAUGAUAAAUCAUUUCCAACUGAAUUGGAGGAUAGAAGGCCUUCUGCAGUUGAUGUCCACGAGCACUGUGCACAACCUUAUUUGAUGCAGUUUCUAGUUGAAGCCAAUCAAGACAGACUCACAAAAAUGGAGAACAAAAAGUCCCUAAACUCUGUAAUGAUGCAUCAUGGUGAGAACCAGAUGCAGGGGAAGUCUUAUUUAAAGGAAUCAAAGGCAACUUGGUGCGAACAGUUUUCAAUUCUUUUCCGGAGGGGACUCAAGGAGAGACGCCAUGAAUACUUGAGCAGUAUGCGUGUACUUCAAGUUAUAUCGACUGCUAUAAUUGUAGGACUCCUCUGGUGGCACUCCAAUGCUUCAACCCCAAAACACCUUCACGAUCAGGCAGGGAUAUUGUUCUUCAUUUCAGUAUUCUGGGCUUUUUUCCCUCUAUUCACUGCAAUUUUCACAUUUCCACAAGAAAGAGCAAUACUAGUUAAAGAGAGAUCAGUGGAGAUGUACAAACUGAGCUCUUACUUUUUGGCUAGAAACAUUAGUGAUCUUCCUCUGGAUCUCCUGCUUCCUAUAGUGUUCCUGUUGAUAGUUUAUAUGAUGGUGGGAUUGAAGUGGACUUUUGCUGCAUUUUUUGAAACAAUGUUUACAAUUUUCCUCAGCAUUGUAGCCGCUCAGGGCCUGGGACUGAGCAUAGGCGCAGCAUUUAUUGAUUUGAAGAAGGCAACAACUCUUGCUUCCAUCAUUGUUAUGACCUUCAUGUUGACUGGUGGAUUUUUUAUCCAGAAAGUUCCAUCAGUUAUUUCGUGGGUGCGCUAUAUCUCGUUCAACUAUCACACGUACAGGCUACUGCUGAAAAUUCAGUAUGGUUGUUCCGGCUCAGAUUCAGGCUCAGGCACAGCAGGGUACGAAUCUUGUGAGUCUCCGUUCAUCAAAGAACUAAGACUUGAUUCAGGUGGCAUGGAAGUGGGAGCUAUGAUGAUAAUGAUCAUUGGGUACCGAUUACUGGCCUAUUUAUUACUCAAGAAAAUGAAGCUCCGGACAAUGAUUUAGUUAGUCAUAUAUAACCACUUGAUUACAGAGGGGGAAAGCCUUUCUUAGUGUAUUGUUUUUCCUUUGUCUUUCAUUGGAAUUGAAAUGAAAAUAAAUUUACCCGAACACUGAAAGAGUUCCAAGAUCUCCUAAAGUUUGUAUUCAAUAAGCAUUGAUCCAGUUGCUAUUCAAAAACUAUAUGGCGGUUUGCAUUGAA